GCAAUGAAACUGAAACUGAUCAUCAUCAACCAAUCACGACAACAUCACGCCAAAUUUAUUUAAGCCCUUGUGCAACCCCGCGUCUAGUCUAGCGUACUGAUUUUUUUUUUAAAGUAGUGAUUCACUCGUCAAAGUACUUCUCCGAGUUGGCAGAAUGACGUAAUCAGAUGCCUCUUGAACUGAACGGCUUCUAUUGGGACGAGGACAGGAAACGAUAUUUUCCAAACUCAUCCAAACCGCGUAUAGACACCCACCCUAAAGCGCCUAUCAAUACUUCUGCAGCUGCUUCACAAACUUCAAGUUUCACAUCGCGAAACCGAAAGGUUUCUCAAUGGGACCUCACUGAUGCCUUACGCAGAACUUCGUCUUAUGCAGAGAGCAGUCGCAUACAACACCAACUAUUAUCAUCGAAUAUUGCUUCCUCUUCGCGUAUAAUUUCCUCCCAGCCGCCUGUGGUUGGUAAAAUCACCGCCUUUUGUUCCACGAAUCUUAAUGGCCAGCCUCGUCGGUUUUUAGGCGACGAUAGAGGAUUUCUCUACAGCCGUGAUCUCUAUGACCUUGAAUGGGCUCCCCAGUUCAACUUGCAUCCUUCUUCCGAGAUAUCUUCGAUAUGCUCCUCUGGAGAAUUUUGCAUUGCUACUUGCAUCGGUGCAUCCUCAAAAAUAGCCGUGCAAAACCUGAGGAUGCCCAUGCGCACUACCCUCCUCACGCUGAACCCUGUGCACGACAUUUGGACAAGUCACCUCCGAGAUCGCACCCUUGUCCUCGGUGCCAACAAAAGAGCGGUUCUGCUGCGUGAUAUAGAAGUGUCGUCACCCAUAGAGCAUCUUCAUACGAAUGAUAGCGAUGUUUUCGCGAUUGAGCAAAAGGACGUAAGUGAUUUCUGUUUCAAUUUUGUGCGCCACAGUCUCAUACGUGUAAGAAUCUGAUAUACACCGGGACUCGGAGCGGCUCGAUCCUGAGAUUUGACAAACGAACCACUGGAAGGAAGGCUCACGGCCAUAAAAUCUUCGAAGGACGGGUUCCAAGUUCUGUCGUGCAUCUCAGUUGUUUCCACGACAAGAAGAUGCUGGCGAGUCACAUGGAUGGAACACUCUGCGCCCUUGAUCUUCGCUACCCAACAGCGACAGAACCAAUCAUGGAG